AUGGCGAGUGAAUUGGAUGCAGCUAUUCGCGGCGUUCUUGUCCAGUAUGCAAAGGCCAAGGGGUUAGAAGGAUUUCAGCAAGAAGCAAAAGAAGAAGAAACGGAAGAAGAGGCAGAAGGAGGAGAAAAAGGAGUUAAAAACAGGCCAGCAAAACAAAUAGAAAAUGAAAAACAUUCGAAAGUGCAUGUCGAUGCAACAAAUGCUAAAAAAGCAAAAAUUUUGCAAGUGGCGCGCAUGCUGGUGGAUAAUGAUCCCCGUAUACGAAAUAGAGGAAUUACUGCUGCGGGGAAUUACUUAGAAAAGUCGCAGCAGCUCACAGAAGACGAAAUGCUGCGAAUAUGGAGCACCUUAUACUACGCUGCAUGGCUAAGCGACAAGCCGUUGGUGCAGAGGGAGUUUUUUGUUUCUGUUUCUUUAUUACACCGUCGUUUGAAAUACUCUUCUGUAAAGUCUCUCUUCUUCUGCAGCUUUUUUAAAGUAUUAAUUCAAGAGUGGGGCAAGCUCGAUCGACACCGCAUGAAUAAAUACCUUCUCUUCUGCCGCAUCUUUCUAGCUGAAUGGCUGCAUGUUAUGCAGUGCAUGCACUGGGAAGAAAAGUUUACGAAGACAGCCGUGGAGUUUUUAUGCGGGGAGGUGAUGCUCCGCAGCAGCGGUCGAGGAGUUGCGCUGCACUUAGCAGAUAUUUUAGUAGAGGAGUUUAGAGAAUUAGUCAAAGCAACAGAGAAAGAACAAGACAACAAGAGAGACGGAGCUGUACUGCAGCAGCAGCAGCAGCAGCAGCGCCUGCAAGAGGAGCGUCUUCGCGCAUUUUCUUGGAUUUUUGUUCCCGUUUUUCGCUGCUUUUGUUUUUCAAGAGAUAUGCCAUUAGUGAUUAGGCUGAGAGAUUUUACACUCCUGAAGAUGCAACCGGAAGACGUCGAUUUUGAAUUUGUUGCAGCGGCUGUCUUCGCUUUAGCCAGCGAUAGCCGCGUGCGCAAUGAAAACCGGAAGCAUCUCUUUGCCGUUCACGAACACUUCAGAGAGCAUGCGAAUGCAGCAGAAGCAGCAGCAGAAGGUGCUUCUGAUGAUGCAUCAGCGCGGUCUGUUGGUUCUUUUACUUCUUCAACUUUCGCUAGAUUGUUUGUGCAGCGAGUGAUUGAUGAAUAUAACGAAGAGCGGCAGCAAGCGCAGAAGGAGAAGCCCUGCCUCGACCUUCUUGAUUAUUCUCAGCAGCAGCAACGCAAGCGUCUCUUCCCUGACAGAUUUGAAUUAAAGGAGAUAAAAACAACAGACGCAGAAGGUGUUUGUGCUGCCGAUGCGGUGGGGUUGUUGGGUCCUGCUGAGCAGCAAAUGGAUGAAGAACUUCCAGACGAGAGUAGAAAAGAAUUAGUUAAAAAGGUGAAGAAAAAGCGACGCAUGCAGCAGCAGCAGCAGCAGCAGCAGCAGCAGCAGCAGCAACAGCAGCAGCAACAGACCGUGCAGCAGCAGAUAGUGCAGCAGCAGCAUCAAGAAGAAACUAAAAAGAAACAAACACACGAUACGCAGACAAUAGACACCUCGUUAGUUGAGGUGAAUGAGGAGAAAAAAACAGUAAAAGGUAAACAGAAGAAAGCAAUUGUUGCUGCUGCAAACAGCAGCAAAGAAGAUAUUCAAAACCGUUGUACGCAAGAAACCACCGCACCCAACGGCUUACGCCUGCCUAUCCGCAGCAGUGGCACCAACAGCAGCAGCAACAGCAGCAGCAGCAGCAGCAACAGCAGCAGCAGCAGCACUGCCGAGAAAAAUGCGCCUCGUACUUCUGAAUCAGUACGAAGCUCCGCGGCUGCUGCGGCCGCCUCUGAAGAGGGUAGGCAUUCUUCAAAAGAAACAGAAACAGCAACAGCAGCAGAAGCUGCUGCUACUGCUACUGCUGCUGCAGCAGCAGCAACAACAGACAGUGCUGCUGCUGCUGCUGCUGCACAUACACCGCAGCAAGGAGAAGAGGCCCCGCUGCGGAGGCGAAGCACUCGGAUAUCUGAUUUGGCGUCUUCUAGCAAACGAGUUUUGUUUAAUUUAAAGAAGAACAAAGUCGUUGCAUUUUCAAGGCAUGCGCCCUCCGUAGCUGUAGGCCCCGCUUCGUCUUCUCCUACAAAGGGCGCAUCUCUAGCUGCAGCAACAGGUUCUGCUGCUGCUGCUACUGCUGCUGCUGCUGGUGCUGCUGGUGGGGGGGCCCCCAGGGGGCCCCCCAGGGGCAUUUUGAGGGCAGCGAAGGAGCCUGGGCCCCCCACAAGUGCAGAGAUGGCGCCGAUGCCUCCUAUUCAGAAGUUGCAGCGCCCUCCUUGGUUUCGCGGGAGUACAGCUGAGCUUCUUGCUGCUUUACAAAGGGCAUUAGCAGCGCAGCUAAGCAGCAGCAAUGAGGGAGGGAGUAGUAAGGGAGUACGCACGAAGAAGAAAGCAAAAAAAACGCUAAGCUGA